UUUCCCGCGCUUUGGUAGUUGAGGAAAUAGUGGUGAGUUGCGGACACAAACAAGCAUUCUCAGGCUCCGACAUCCAACCGCUAACCGCGACAUCAAAAUAAAACCCGCUGUUGUGAUCGCUCGCUGUGCUGUCAGUGAAAGCGUUCUUCUCCAUCACGAAACCAUCGACAUGCCGCCGAAGAAGCGCAGCAGCGGAACCCCGCAGAAGAAGGAGUUAAAGGGGAACAUGAAGAGCGGUUCGCCGGACAGCAGCGACAACACAGUGCUGCUGACCCCAGAGAGACACAAGGACAAGGAGUCUGCAUUUGUGUGUCUUUCCGAGGAGCUCCAGGUGACCAAUGCAACCUGUGAUCACGCAUGGAGAAUUUGGGAGAAGGAGAUCAGGCCCAUGGACAAGGCAAAUAUGCCGUAUUCAUACAGACAGCUGUGGGGAGCUUGUUUGUUUGUUGCAGGCAUAGAGGGUGAUAGCACCAGUCUCACCUUCACUGAAUUCCAGAAAGUGGUUGGUCUGAGUGUGAAGCAGUUCAGCAGCCUUGUGAGGAAGAUGGAUGUAAAUGUGGACACAAUAAGCCCUAAAGUGGACAUUGCUGUGACAAGACUGGAAAAGAAAUAUGAUGUGACCAUGGCCCUUUAUCAAAGAUUUGUCAAAACGUGUGAAAAAAUCUUUGCAGAGCCUGACAAAGCUAAGAGAAAAGAGCUUUUGGAAAGCAGUUGGACCAUGUUCCUUUUGGCCAAAGGAACGUUUCUGCAGAUGGAGGAUGACCUUGUGAUAGCCUUCCAGUUACUGCUGUGUGUGCUGGAGUUCUUCACCAAACGCUGCAUGCCUUCUGAACUUCAGUCACCCUACAAGUCAGCUGUUAGUGCAUCAACCCUGAGUCCUCCUACCAGGACGUCUAGACGUAAUCCGGGCAAAGCCAAACCUCGUCCUCCAGUGAUGGACAUGCAGUUACUGGAGACACUUUGCAAGGAGGGCGACUGCAAUGUGGAUGAGGUGAGAAAUGUGUACCAGAGUACUUUCUGUGCAUUCCUGGACUCUGUGGGUUUUUCAGGACUCCAGGAGCUUCCUCCGAUGGAAACAAUUUCCAAACAGUAUGAAGAGCUGUACCACAAAAACAGGGACUUUGAUGCCAGGUUGUUCUUAGUUGAUGAUGAGACACUUUCCCCAAACAAAACAGAAGUGACAAAAGUGGAAAUGACUCCAAGAAAGAAUCAGUAUGAAGAGGAUGUCAUAUUUCCAGUCCCACAGACCCCAAUCAGAGCUGCUAUGAAUUCCAUACAUCAGCUCAGAGUUGAUCUAAACUCAACCAGUGACCAGCCCUCAAGCAAUCUCCAAGUCUAUUUUAAGAACUGCACUGUGGACCCUUCAGAAGAUAUCACAAAGAGGGUUGAGGAGCUGAGUCAGGUCUUCAGCCAGAGGUUUGCACAGGCUGCAGGCCAGCGAUGCGAGGGGCUGGGCGGAAAGCGUUUUAGUCUUGGUGUCCAACUUUACAACAAAGUCAUGGAGUCCAUGCUUAAAUCGGAGGAAAAGAGAUUAUCAGUGCAGAACUUCAGUAAACUUCUCAACAAUGCAGUAUUUCAUACCUCUUUGCUGGCAUGUGCCCUGGAAGUUGUUUUGGCUACUUAUGUUGGAAACUCCCUAAAGAAUGGAGGCUUUGGCCGAGGCUGUGGUGCCAGUGAUUCCACAGAAACUGAUCUGUGCUUCCCCUGGAUAUUGGAUGUCUUCAAGCUGCACGCUUUUGACUUCUACAAGGUGAUAGAGAGCUUCAUUAAAGCUGAGCCCACCCUGAAACAUGACAUUAUGAAGCACUUGGAGCACUGUGAACAUGUCAUCAUGGAGAGUCUUGCAUGGAGAGCGGACUCUCCACUGUUUGACCACCUCAGACAGUCUCGCGAGGAAGGACCUGGUGAACAAGCAGAGCCCCCGGCGACACUGAACCAACCCCUGCAUCACAACCAUACAGCAGCUGACCUGUAUCUCUCUCCUGUACGGCCAAGUCGUCAGCCCCCAGCGACAGAGGUUGAGCCCCCUGCACCAGGCGGCAGACCACCCCGAUCAAACUCUCUGAGCCUCUUCUACAAAAAGUUGUACAGGAUGGCCUACCUGCGGCUGAAAAUGCUUUUCUCGCACCUGCUGACCUCACACCCUGAGCUGGAGCCAGUAAUAUGGACCUUGCUGCAGCACACCCUCCAGAACGAGUAUGAAUUAAUGCGAGACAGACACUUAGACCAGUUGAUUAUGUCAGCCAUGUAUGCCAUAUGCAAGGUGAAGAAUGUGGAUUUGCACUUCAAAACUAUCGUGACAGCUUACAAAAAGCUGCCCAAUACUAAUCAGGAGACAUUUAAGCAUGUGUUGAUCCGAGAUGGUCAAUACGACUCCAUCAUUGUCUUCUACAACCUGGUCUUCAUGCAGAGGCUGAAAACUAACAUCCUUCAAUAUUCCUCUCCUAGGCCACCUCCUCUGUCUCCCAUCCCCCAUAUCCCCUGCAGCCCCUACAAAAACUCUCCUCUGCGAGUGCCCGGCAGCAAUAAUGUCUAUGUCUCCCCAUUGAAAAGCCGGAUGUCUCCUGUGGUCAUGACCCCACGGAGCAGAAUUCUGGUAUCGAUUGGCGAGUCAUUUGGGUCAGCAGACAAAUUUCAAAAGAUCAAUCAGAUGGUGAGCAGCACUGAUCGGUCCCUCAAGAGGAGUCUGGAAGGAGGUUCCACCCCCAAACCCCUGAAGAGAUUGCGUUUCGACAUGGAUGGGCAGGAUGAAGCUGAUGGAAGCAAAACAAGUGGUGAAUCAACGCUGAUUCAGAAGCUGGCAGAAAUGAGUUCAACUCGAACUCGGAUGCAGGAGCAAAAAUUGAAGGAAGAGUCCGUGAAAGAGCAUCCAGAGACCUGAGUCAAGACACAAUGUGCUGCUUGAUAAAACCACUCCACCAUCAAAGGGAAAGGCUGACAUCCAUGAGUGUUUUAUGUUCUUACAUUUUAGACUCAUUCACCUGUUUUAGUAUUUGAGAGGUGCACUGUAUUUCCUGAAAUAGCACAGCUGUUUCCUGUGUUAUUUCAUUUUAGUUUGUUUUAAGUGUGAGGGUCCAUGAAGAAGUUUUUAUGCUUUAUUUUAUAAAGUAGGUGACAAUGUAAUUGAGAAAAUAAGGUUAUGGAGGUACUUUACAAACAUAUAAAAAUUGGUGGGUUUUACAUGUCAUGAUAAUUUAUUAUUUUGCAUUUUGGUUGUCAUUUUCAUUUUAUUCCCUUCAUUUUAGAGCUGCCUACUUUAUUUUGCAGUCCUGGAAAUGUGACACAAUCAUGUUUUUGGCAAAUUUACUUGUGGUCUUUUGUAAGCAUUUGUAAGAUUUAAUUUAGAAAAUUAAUUAUAAUAGAAAUUGGUUGCAGUUAAAGCAUUAUUGGGUUUGAUGUUAAGGGAUGUGAGUGGACGUGUUGGUCAACACGUGGUCAUCUUUCUUUAACUUUCUUACUGGACCGAGGUGUCUGUUUUUAUGGAAUUUUACAUUUUUGUUUUUUAUUUUUUUAUUUUUAUUUUUUUUAAAUGUUUUUAUUAUUUUUAUUCUUUGUCAUUUGUUUUCCAAAAAAAAUUAUGUUGUACUUAAAUGUUGUUUAAAAAAAGAUUAUGUAAUGCCUCUAAAGUUUAACAACUGACUUGUUUGGUUAUGAAAAACGUGUCCUGUUGUUGAUUUAUUGAAAAUAUAACUCCUGUACUGUCUGGGCAUCUUGUUACCACACACUAAGAGGUGUGUCAUAUGUAGAUAAUGAUGUAUCUCACACAUUUUAUUGAUAAACUCUGUUAGGCAUGUGUUGGCAGAUGCAUCAUUCCUUACUGGAAUGCUCUUUACCAGGAA